GUGCCGCGGUGCGCACGGGGGCCGUGGCUCUGGAGCCGGCACCCAGCCCCUCCCCGCGGCACGCAGCGCGUCCCGGCCCCACGCGGGGAGGGAGGAGAAGCGGAGCAGCUGAGAAACCUUGGCCAAAAGUCUGUUUGCUCGCAGCUCACACCCACAAGAGUCACUGCAGACGGAAGCGGGGAAUGGCUGCGUGACACACCGCACCGAGCGCCCCGGCUCCGCGCGCCCGCUCUCUGCUCCCAGCUGCUCCCUCCCGCCGGCAUGGGGAACAUAACUUGUGUUCCCCAGGCACCUGGGAGGUUCAGGCACUCGUUCAGAAGGAAACCUUCGCUGAAGAAAGAGCAAAAUGGCAAGAAAAAGCUGCCCAGCUUUUUCGGGAUAGAUGGAGGUGGGGAGCGAGAUACGACCGCAGACAAAAUCCUGCAGUACAUCCCGGGAAAGCACUUCCAGAACCAAGAAAACCAAAAAGAAAACCUGGACCAGAGGUUCCCCAGCUUGUUCAAGAAGGGAAGGAGGAAAACAGUUGUCAGGAACCUGGGGAAAAUCAUCUAUUACUCCAAGGUCAAGCUAAAGCUUCAGCACUGCCAGGAGGUGAACGACUGCUACCUGGAGCUGUUCCAGUCUUACCUGUACUUCCAGUCCAUGGGCUUCAACGGGCUCACCUACCAGGGACUGCUGCCUUUGAAAGAGCUGAACGUGUGUGAAAUCGAGGCUGGGAAGAGCCCGGGGCAGGAGGAUCACGCCUUCCGCAUCACAGGUCCUUUGCUGAAUCCCCUUAUCGUCUUCUGCCCGACUGAGUCAGAGCUGAAGCAGUGGCUUUAUCACCUGGAGAAACAGAUCCAGCUGAACGGAGGGAGCCUGGGCUUGCCCUUCCUCCCUCAGGAUGACUGGCAGCAGAGCUCCAUGGGGAAGGAGGAGCUGCGGUGGUCCGUGCAGAACAUGCCUGUCCAGGAUUGGAGAGGGACCCAGCGGGAAUCCCUCGGCAACGUCAUCUGUGCUUCCAAAGUGAAGCUUCAGCACUUGCCUUUCCAGGAGCAGCACGACCGCCUGCUGGUGCUUUACCCUUCCACCCUGGUGAUCGUGUCCGAAGAGCACAACAGCUUCUACUUCAAGGGCGAGCUGCCGCUCAACGCCAUCCAGGUGUGUUUUGAAGAGAACGAGAAAACCUCCUUUUUGAUAGAAGGCCGGCUGAUCAAUUCGAUCCGGGUGAUCUGCCGCAGCUAUGAGGAUUACGGGGAGUGGCUGGACUGCCUGAAAACAGCCCAGUUUCGGAACGCCGACUCCUCCCUGUCCGGAUCAGAGAGCUUUUCGGGAUCAAAGCAGCCACACCUCGGCCAGCUCGGUGGCAGCGGGAGAGGCUCGCUGGCCUCCGACGGCCGCACCAACUCCUGGGCAUCCGGAGGGAAAGGGGCCACCCUGACGCACCUCUCCCAGAACAGCGGCUCCUUCCACGACACACAGUCCUUCGUGCUGCUGUCGGAGGGCAGGAUGCUGGAGGACCCGCUCAGCCCCGGCUAUUCCCAGCCUCUCCAUUGCCUGCCCCACACCAACUGGCCAAGCACCGGGAUGCCCUCGCAGGAGCUGCGGAGGGGCGGCAGCGCCAGGAAAUCCAAAGGCAGAAGCGGCCAGGACACGGAGAGGACGGCGCGCGGCCUCAUCCCCGAGCACCCUGACGGCGAGCUCGUGCCCGCGGCGUACAGCGAGCCCUACUCAUCUCUCAGCUCAUGGCAUCACCCCACAGCCUCCCCAUCGCACCCGGAGCUGAGCAAUGUCCUGCAGUGCCCGAAGACCUCCCAGCCCCUGCCCAGCAGACACUGGAGGGAGAUGCCGGGGGCGCAGAGACCUCCCCAGCCUCCUGCUGAUGCUCCUUACCUCGCCGGUGUCUCCUCCCUGCCUGAGGAACACCUCGGCCCCUUGCUGCAGCCACCAGGUGACAGCAGCGGUGCUUACGACCUGCCCGAGGGCUUCUCGCGCCGCGGCUCCGCUGCCUACCACGACUACGCCGAGCUGCAGAGCUUCCAGAGCGACUUCAGCUACGACAACCUGUGGGAAGCCGAGGGGAGGGCGCCCAGCACCCCGCGGGGCUCCCCGACACCCAGCCCGCACUUCUACCAGGCCUGAGGAGGGGUCCCACGGCCAGGCACACAACGGCCCCCCGGGGCUGCCCAGCCCGGCGGGGUGUGGGGAGCAAAGGGAGGGGAUCUGUGAUGAAUCCUGAGAAUUGCUGUUAAGCCGAAUCUUCCCCCUUGAGCUCUGAGGUCUGGGGAGAUGUAAGGGACCUGCCCGGCACAGGACGUGAGGUAGCAAUAGGUGGGGUUGUCCUGCGAGAUCGGAGCUGUCUGGCAGAGAUGGAGAAAGCAAGCCAGGGUCUUUGGGGAUGUUCUUUCCAUUUUACGCCAAAAAAAAAAUCCUUUCCUGACAGUGCUGGCUCCAAACCAUAGCGUGACCUGCAGUACUGAGAGCCUGGCACCUCGGAGGUGGAAUAAAGCAAGGGGCUGCCACAAAAUCAGCCACCAAAGUGGCUUGAGUUUACCCAGGAAGGAUGCCCUAGGUUCCCCCUACGGGACCGCGUCCUCUCCUCCCACCCCUCCGCACACUGCUGGCCCCACACCAGAAGCUGCCUGGGGGUAUUUGGGCAAGGAGGGAAGGAAAAAAAAACUCUGCAGAGACCUGCAGCUCGCUCUGCCCCCCAGCAGGAUCCAGACACAAACAACAGGGGACAGAGUCUCAGUGCUAUCUCUUUGCAGCCUCCUCAGCCAGAUCCUUCAGCACAUACAGGGCAGCAGCAAACCCGAAUGUUUUUUUCACCCGAGGCUCCAAAUUCUUAACCUUUGUUCCCGAAGGAGGCUGCAAGCCGAGCGUGGUAGCAUAAAAAAAUCUCGAUUUUCUUCGUUCUUUCACUGCUGCAAACCAAACAACCCAGGAUCUCUUUGUACUUGAAUAUCCAUGCAUUGUACCGUAGCGUUUUGUUAGGAUUUGUUUUUCGGAGGGUAACCCGCCGAGUUUACAUGUAAGGUUUGAUUGUGUUUGAUGUAUUUAAUGUGUACAUGUGUCCGAGUCGUAGGGCUAUUUAAUUUUGUAGCUGAGCUCUAGGUCUAUUUAAUUUUGUAGCCGCCGAUGGCCUUCGGUACUGUGGCACGGGCAGCUCUGUGCUCCUCCGUGUGCGCGUGUUGGUUUGGGUCUUGUAGCUGUUCUUGUUCUGUUUCAGGUUCACUUUCGUGUUAGGAGGAUUUGUCCCUAAUAACUUAGCCCAGGGACCUAUUUAUUCGGGAUGGGAUCUCAGCAGGGAGCAGCAGAGGCACGUGCUGUCCUGGAUGGGGCCGUGCUCGUGGGCUUUUAAUACACGUUGGCACGAAAGCUGUCACCACCAUCCUUUUAACCGUGUUUUCACGGUGAUGUCUGCGUUGUACCAGAAGGGGAAAACCCCUCCCUGUUACUGUAAAAGUUCCCCGGUGGAUCACUGUGAGCCCGUGCAAAUACAACAAACCCUCUUCUGCAA